AUGGAAGGUUUGGGGGACUUAAUUUGUCGGAACUGUAAGAUGGCAUUCCAUUCUACUGAACUCUUGGAUAAACACACAGCCAAAUUCUGCAUUGGCACAGACCUAAAAGAUCCAGUAGCUCUAUGGAGAGGUCAAAGGGGAUUCACUCAAAAAGAACAAGCAGCUGUGAAGACGGUGCAUCCUACAAGGACAAGGACACCUGAUUUAAUUAUUCUGAAGGAACAGAGAAAUCAUGAGAGCGAAAGUGCACAGGACAAUGUGUCAGAGAAUACUGCACUUAACAAACUCACUGAGGAGUUUCAAAAACUCAGGAUUUCAUUUGAACAAAACCUGCCCAGAAGACAGACAGAGGUGUCUGAGGAGCAGGCCUCACUCCAGCAGAGAGCCGAUGAGCACAGGGCUCUUCAUGAGCAGAGACUGGCUGAGAUCAGAGCAUGCAACCAUCAGCUGGAGAAGCAGAGAGAGGAAAUAGAAGAGCGGCUUGCCGAGCUGGCAGGACGGGAGAGGACGGCUCAUCUCGAGGAAGUGCUACGAGAACUGAGGAAUCAGGAGCAGAGGAACGAGGAGGUGCUGCAGCAGCUCAGCUCUCAAAUCAACUCAAUGAAAGGGCCUAAUCCAAUUGAAGUCCCCUCUAACCCACCAGAGGAAAAGAAGACACAACAUAUUACUUUUGACUUGAUCUCUUCUGUGGCUGGACCUCUCUCUGCUCAGAUAAGAGCCUUGCGUCUGGCAUACAUGCAGUCCGGUGGUUCUGAUCCAGAGGUUCUGGCCCAUAUGCAUGACCUUCAAGCAGAGUCUCUUACACUGGAGCAGGCAAAACAUAGAGCUGAAAGUAAGACAAAAGGAAGAAUCAAUUUAACGCCCUUCUUCAUUCUCAGGCAUUCUCACUAUCACAAAAGAAUGAUAGAUCAGAGUUCAAAACAGCAUUCGCUGAUGGGUUCCCGUGUAACUGAUCCACUGGAAGCUCUUGGUCCUGCUCCUUAUGAUCCUGUGGCUGGCUUUGUGAUCUUCUAUGACCUAGUGAUGGGUGUUGAAGCUACUUUGAGAUCAGUGCGUUUAUUGGCAGGGUUAUAUUUUAAUGGACAGAAGUUGGGAAAGACCACCCCAAUGCCACCUGUGCAGUGCCAACCUGCAGGACCAUUACUGUCCACCAAGAGUCCUGGAAACUAUGCUAUACUGGCUGUUAAGCAACCUGUGCCCGGAGUACAGCCAUCUCCAGAUCUCUCUUUGGUCGUAGAAAUCCAGACUUCUAAAGGUCUGGAUUUGUUCAACCAUGAAACUGAGGGCUUGGUGACUUGUGGCUGGGCUAAGCUUGAUCUCUUUGACCAGCACAACCAGGUACACAGCGGUCACUGGAGGCUUCCCUUCCGCUCUCUCCCAGUUCAAGCAUCCUUAAGUCCAGGUCAACUGAAUUCUGUGCCACAAUUCAAACAUUAUCAUCCUAUCAUGGGAUUCCACAAGUUUCUGGCCAAUGAGCGUCUAUGA